AUGGACUCCCAAUGGCAAGCAGAAAAGCUGACAAUCCCCAAAUUCCACGAACAACUCCGUAAAGACCCCUCCAAUGGCCCAAAGCUAGUAAAAAAAUACCUCUCAGCAAUCACCCAGCACAACGGGACCCUCAAAGCCCUCAUCAGCAUAAACAGCACAGCCCUAGAAACCGCCCUCCAAAAAACCACCACAACACUCACCCUCAACCAAACCAACAAACCCUUCCCAGCACUCCACAGCAUCCCCCUAAUCCUAAAAGACAACUACAGCACAACCGACCAACCAACAAGCGCCGGCGUACUCGCCCUGCAAACCCUGCAAACAACCACCGACAGCGCCGUCGUCGCGCACCUCCGCGCCGCAGGCGCAAUAAUCCUCGCCAAAGCCAACCUCCACGAAUUCGCCCUCCAAGGAAUAACCCGCUCCUCGCUCGGCGGGCAAACCCUGAACCCGCACGACACGACCCGCACCCCGGGCGGAUCCUCUGGCGGGACCGCCGCGGCGCUAGCGGCGGGCUUCGGGCUCGUCGGGUGCGGGACCGACACGAUGAACUCGCUGCGCUCGCCGGCGUCCGCGUGUGGGGUUGUGGGGUUUAGGCCUUCGACGGGGAGGGUCUCGUGUGUGGGGAUUGUGCCUGUUUCGCGGACGCAGGAUGCGGCGGGGCCGAUGGGGGGGUGUGUUGGGGAUGUGAGGAUUCUGUAUGGGGUUAUGAAGGGGCCGGAUGGGGAUAGUAUAUCCUCUUUGGGGCCUGAAAUCUGUACAGAUGAAUCGGAAUCGGAAGCGGAGUAUAUCGUCGAGAACGAGAUCGUGCAGGAUGUUAUCCGGUCGAGUUUGGAUUCGAUACAGGAACAAGAUGCGGAUAUCACCUUCGUGCCUAUCGCCCCGUCCAGUCAUCCGGAUUGGAGUCCUGAAACACUGCUCGCGAAGGGCGAUACACAGGCUUUCGAGUUCAAGCACUACCUCGACGAGCUCCUGCAGUCGCCGCUGGUUUCGUCGACACCGCACCGAUCACUGGAAUCCAUUGCGCAGAGCGGCGAGUUCGAUCCUCAUGCCGUGACGCAUGUUUUCUCUGCGGCAUUGGAGGAUCCCGAGACGUUUUCACUGACGAGCGAGGCGUACCGAAGUCGACUGGAGUAUAUUGCUGCUCUCAAAGAGUCUGUGGCGGAAUGUUUUGAUAGAUAUGAUAUCGACGCGCUGGUGUAUCCGCACCAGAGACGGCUUCCUGUGAAGAUUGGUGCGAAGAAGCAGUCUGGGCGGAAUGGGGUUUUGGCUGCGUUGACGGGGAGGCCUGCUAUUUGUAUUCCCGCUGGGCGGAGCCCUAAGACUGCGUCUGCUGUGCUUGGCGUUCCUGUUGGGUUGGAGCUGAUGGGCCGGCGUUGGGGAGAUGAUGAAUUGCUUGAUAUUGCGGAGCGAAUUGAAGGGAUUAUUAAGGGUAGAGUGGUGCCUGUUAUUCAUUGA